AUGGCCAAUGUGGGGGCUACUCAACGUCAGAUAGCCAGAACCUUCAACUGCUCCCAGACCACCAUCAGCAAGUUGAUAAUCCGCUACCAACAGACAGGACAGACUCAAGACCGGCCAAGAUCGGGAAGACCGAGAGUGACAACACCGGCCGACGACCGCUACAUCCGGCAGAUUCACCUCCGAAACAGACCUGUGACGGAGAUGUUAACGGCGGAGACAGCACUUGGGCAUGCCAUCAGCAGGCGAACAGUCCUUCGACGACUUCGUACGGCUGGUAUACGAGCCUACCGACCCUUCCGUGGAAUGGCCUUGACCCGUCUACACUGUCAACGCAGACUGCAAUGGGCACGAACUGUCCGAGCAGGCGUCUGUGCAUUCAACAUUUGUGAAGGGAGGAGAUGCCUGGAGACUCGUGCUGGAAAGACUGCCUGUGUCAAAGGGGGACAUAAUCAAGCACAACGACAGACCACUGUUAUCACUACUCUCAUCGAUGCCUGCACCGUUGGAGACCUGCCUAAAGUAACAUACAUAUUGUCUCAAGAUAUUGCAAACCUCAAUAAAAGUGGGAAGAAUGGUAUGACACCAGCGAUGAUAGCAGCACAGAAAGGACACAGAGAGAUACUUGAAUUACUUGUGAAGAAAGGUGCUGAUCUGUGUCUAUUAGAUGAUGAUGACAACACUAUCUUACACGUAGCCUGUAAAGAGGGAAACGUUGAGAUAGUGAAGUAUAUCCACUCACAGAACAUCAUUGACACUGAAAGUAGAGGGGACUACGGGAAUACACCAGUGAUGUUUGCUGCACUAUAUAGACAGAUGGAAGUGUUUUUUUUUCUUGUGAAAAUGGGAGCUCAUCUAUCAAAAUUGGAUGAUGACGGUGAGAAUAUCCUUCAUCUUUCCAGUCGAGGAGGAGAUGUAGAGAUAGUGAAUUGUAUCCUCAAACGAAACGUUGUGGACAUAAACAGUGAAGGGGAUGACGGGGUGACACCAUUGAUGCUGGCAGCAUAUUUUAGGAGAAGACAAGUGUUUUACCUUCUCAUAGAACGAGGAGCUAAUACAUCAGCAGUGGAUUGUGAUAAUGAUAAUAUCCUCCAUUAUUCCUGUCGAGGAGGAGAUGUAGAGAUAGUGAAUUAUGUCCUCACACACAAAAUUGUCAAUAUAAACAGUAGAACGAACGCCUUGGAGACACCAGUGCUUGUGGCAGCACUGAGAGGGAAGACCAAAGUGUUUCAGUUAUUGAUAGAAAGAGGAGCUGAUAUCGCAAAAACACAUGACAGGACGAAACUCCUUAAAUUUGCCUGUAAAAUUGGAGAUGCUAAUAUAGUGAAGCGUGUCCUCAACCUAGCCAAGGUGGACAUUGCUGUAUGUAGCACUCUUGGGGCACACUGA